UUAUGUUAAUUCAUAUCAGCAAUUGGGCAGUUAUUUAACCAAGAUUCGAUUUCUUAUUUUUUAUUUGCUGUGAAAUAAUGUUGCUUCGGAAAUUGUUGACAGCGCGUUCUAACUAUUUACUGCGACGAUGGGCCAGCACAGAUCCGCUUUGUUUCCAGAAUGAGAAGCUGCAAGCAUACCUGGAAUCACUGCGCCAGGAAUAUUAUGCGCUCCGCGUCAAUGCAGCCGGUAACAGCAGCCUCUAUGCCCGCCUGUCGCGUCUGGAUCCGGUCGUGAAUUCCCUUGAAAAGCACAGAGCCCUGCAGCGCAAUAUAACACCUGAGCAGGAUUUGGCCGCUGAAAAGGACGAGGAUAUGCGUGCACUGAUGCAAGAGGAAAAUAGCGUUUAUGCCGAAUUGUUGCGUAAACAGGAGGAAGCAAUGCUGCAGGAGCUGCUCGCACUUGCUGACCAUGAGGACUACCCGUCGCUGAUAUUUGAGGUGAACGCUGGAGCCGGCGGACAGGAGGCCAUGCUGUUUGCCCAGGAGCUCUACGACAUGUACACCAGCUACUUCGAGCACAUGGGCUGGGAGUAUGAGGAGUAUGCCCAUGAGACCACCGACAUUGGUGGACUGCGUUAUGCCAAUCUGCUGGUCAACGAUCCCGAGGCCUACAAUUGGCUGCGCUACGAGGCGGGUGUGCACCGAGUGCAACGUGUGCCGGCCACCGAGAAGUCUGGACGCAUGCACACCAGCACCGCCUCAAUAACAGUGAUACCACGGCCGGCUGAUGUUCAGGUGCAUAUUGCGGAGCGAGACCUCAAAAUUGAGACGAAACGUGCCAGCGGCGCUGGCGGUCAACAUGUAAAUACCACAGAUUCAGCCGUGCGCAUUGUGCAUUUACCUACGGGCUUGGCUGUAGAAUCGCAGUCAGAGCGUUCCCAGCUAAAGAAUCGGGAGCUGGCGCUAAAGCGUCUGCAGGCCAAGCUUAUGCAGCAGCAGCUGGAGAGCUCCGAGGCGACCAAACAGGCGACGCGAAAGGCACAACAGGGCAAUCUAAAUCGCAACGAAAAGAUUCGCACGUAUAACUUUGUGCAGGAUCGUGUAACGGAUCACCGCGUGCAGCAGGGCGGCACGCUGCACAAUCUGAGCGGGUUCCUCGAGGGUGGCCAGCAACUAAGCGAUCUAAUUGAGCGGCUACAUUUGGAGCAGCGCAAACUGAAGCUGGUGGAGUUGCUCGAAGAGUGGCAGCCGCCACAGAAGGCGUCAGAUAAAAGCUAAUCGCAUAUUCCCCCGCUUUUUAGUCUAAUAAU